CAUGCGCUCUGGCGGGCCGUGCCAUAUUGGAAUGAGGCAGUGAGCGGAGCGCCGGGGAGCCCGAGCCCCGGCAGCGGCGCAGGGCUGGAAAAACUCCCCGCAGGUGUUUUCCAGGCUCCCUUCCUGAAUGUCCCGUCUGCUGUGGAAGGCAGGAGGUGACUCAUGACCACCCAACAGUGACAGCCUCGGACCCCCCUGCUUCUGGCUGCUGGGAACAGCCUCUGGGCUCCUGUGGAGAUGAAUGGAGAACAGCAGUAUGAUGCAGAUGCUGGUUCCAGUGUGGAAGAAAUGGAAUUCAACUGGGAUGAGUAUCUAGAAGACACAGGAGCAACUGCAGCCCCCCAUGGAUCUUUUAAACAUGUAGAUACAAGUUUGCAGAAUGGUUUUGCCCCUGGCAUGAAGCUGGAAGUCGCUGUCAAGUCUGACCAGAACACGUACUGGGUUGCCACCAUCAUCACCACGUGCGGGCAGCUGCUGCUGCUGCGCUACGACGGCUACGGCGAGGACCGCAAGGCCGACUUCUGGUGCGACAUCCUGACUGCUGACCUGCACCCCAUCGGCUGGUGUCAGCAGAACAAGAAGAUUCUCAAAGUGCCUGAAGGUAUCAAGGACAAGAUACCUGACCAGGAGGAGUUCCUUCAGCGGGUGCUGAAGGGGGCCUGCAGUGCCCCUGCUAACCUGCUGGAGGGGCUUCACAGAGGGAAAAAUCCACUGGAUCUCAUCGCGCCCGGCUCGCGCCUGGAGCUGCAGAACCCCCGGGACUCCCUGGAAGCCUGGAUCGUCACCGUGGUGGAAAACGUCGGCGGGAGGCUCAAGCUGCGCUAUGAGGGCCUGGAGGACUUGGACAAAUUUGACCAGUGGCUCUUCUAUUUGGACCCUUUCCUUCACCAAGUGGGUUGGGCAGCUCAGCAUGGAUACAGCCUGCAGCCACCUUCAGCCAUUAGGUCCUUGAGGAGUGAAGCAGAUUGGCAAGAGAUCCUGAAGAAGGUGAAAGAGGAGGAAGAGGAGUCAUCUGUUCCUACAGAUCUUUUUAAGGAUAAACCUGUGAUUGGAGUGCACUCAUUCUCUGAAGGCAUGAAGCUGGAAGCUGUGGACCCAAUGGCUCCCUUUGUUAUCUCUCCUGCUACAGUUCUCAAGGUGUUCAAUGACAAAUAUUUCAUGAUAGAAAUCGAUGACUUGCGGGCGGAGCGCGCGAGCAGCCAGCGCUACGUUUGUCACCUCAACAGCGCCGGCAUCUUCCCGGUGCAGUGGAGCCUGAAGAACGGGCUGCACCUCAGCCCCCCUCCAGGUUACCCUGGGCAGGACUUCGACUGGGCUGACUACCUCAAACAGUGCGGGGCCGAGGCAGCUCCCCAGAGCUGCUUCCCUCUGUUAACUUCUGACCAUGGAUUUAAAGAGAACAUGAAGCUUGAGGCUGUGAACCCAGUUGAUCCUGAAGAAGUUUGCAUUGCUACAGUCACCAAGUUAAAAGAUUCAUACCUCUGGCUUCAGCUGGAGGGCUCCAAGAAACCUGUCCCUGAGUGUAUAGUGAGUGUGGAAUCAAUGAAUAUAUUUCCAGUGGGUUGGUGUGAGACGAAUGGAUAUCAGCUCAGGCCUCCUCGCAAAGCAAUAGUAAACAAGCAGAAAAAAAUUGCAGUAGUUCAACCAGAGAAACAAAUUUUAUCUUCAAGGACAGUUCAUGAUGGACUAAAGAACCAGGAACUGAACUCUUCUGACUCAGUGGUAAUUAACGGCAAGUACUGCUGCCCAAAGAUCUACUUCAACCACCGGUGCUUCUCGGGGCCUUACCUGAACAAAGGCAGGAUUGCAGAGCUGCCCCAGUCCGUGGGACCUGGGAACUGUGUGCUGGUGCUGAAGGAGGUUCUCACUUUAUUGAUCAACGCUGCCUACAAACCCAGCCGUGUCCUGAGAGAGCUGCAGCUGGAUGAAGAGGCUGCCUGGCAUGGCCAUGGAGAGACCCUAAAAGCCAAGUACAAAGGCAAGAGCUACCGUGCCACCGUGGAGGUUGUGAGGACGGCAGAUCGGGUGGCAGACUUCUGCAGGAAAACCUGCAUCAAGCUGGAAUGUUGCCCAAACCUCUUUGGCCCUCAGAUGGUGCUGGAUAAGUGUUCAGAGAAUUGCUCUGUCCUGACAAAGACAAAAUACACACACUAUUAUGGCAAGCGGAAAAACAAGCGGAUAGGUCGGCCCCCGGGCGGCCACAGCAACCUGGAAGUCGCCAUGAAGAAACCAAAUAAAAGACGGAAGAGACGAAAACAUUUCUUUGUUCAUAAGAAAAAACGUUCUUCCACGUCUGUGGAUAACACUCCAGCUGGAUCUCCCCAGGGCAGUGGGGCAGAAGAGGAGGAUGACCAGGAUGAGGUGGAUGAAGAGUCUCUGACUGAGGACAGCACCUCAGAGCACCAAGAUGAGCUGCUUGAAGAAUCAGAGGUGUCAGAGAAGAAAUCCCUGUCAUCCUCUCCCACCCAGAGUGAACUGUCUCAUUCCCUGGCUCAGGACCGAGACAAGAGGAAGAGGAAGCUCAGGACCUUCUCCUUUUCUGAUGAUGAAAACAAACCUCCUUCGCCAAAGGACAUAAAGAUGGAAGUUGCUGAAAAGCUGCAGCUGGACAGUAACCCUCUGGAAUGGAGCGUGGCUGAUGUGGUACGAUUCCUCAAAUCCACUGACUGUGCUCCCCUGGCAAGGAUUUUCCUUGAUCAGGAAAUCGAUGGCCAGGCACUGCUGCUGCUGACCCUGCCCACUGUUCAGGAGUGCAUGGACUUGAAGCUUGGACCAGCUAUUAAACUCUGCCAUCACAUUGAGAGGGUCAAACUUGCCUUCUACCAGCAGUUUGCAAACUGAGGAGCAGCCAAGUUGAAGUGGACCUUUGAAGCACAACUACAAAACCAUGCUCCUUCUUCUCUAGCAAGUAAAGCCAAAUGAACUUAAACUGAGGCCCUGGUGACCUAAAAGUGUGUGUCAGCCUCAAUUUUUUCUAUUUCAACAGAAGGAAGACAACAUCUGGAGCAAAAUGCCAAUGCAAACACAGGGGCUACUUUACCAGCUGCCAGCUUGGGAACACAAUAGUCUCUUGCUCUAUGGUUCCCUUUUUUUAAUGUAUUUUUUAAUGAUGACAGAAAAGUCUCCUCUUGUGGGAAAUGACAUUUCAAUAGUUCUGUUGGCACGGAACUUUAAAAGGAGAAACGGAUCCUGUUUACGUUCGCAUGUAGGCUGCCAGAAAUAACCUUUCUGUUCCUGAUGUUUCACAGAAUCCCCUGCCCUCCCUGUGGAUGAACACUUGCUUUACCACAGCACUGACUUUGGAAUGUGUUCUUUGCACAUUCGUGUGUUAAUGUUGAGAUUUUUAAUGAAUUUGUUCAUUGUUAGGACAACAAUGUGGCCACAGGGUUCUGAAUGUACAGUAUAGCAAGAGUGUGGUUCCUUUUGAAGUUUUUGUUUGUUUAUUUUGGUUUGUUUCACUGUUGUUGGUUUUGCUUUUGUUUUUACUACCUCUGUAGCCUGAACAGUAGAAGUGAUGAACUAAAAAGGGAGGGAACUGCUCUUUCUGGACACGUGGUCCGUGGCUGCACAGCAGUCUGGCUUCUGUGGGCAUGUCCAGAGUGCAAACCAAUGUCAGCUUCUGUUCCAAAGCUUUAGCUGAAACUUCUGUAGGCAUAACCUGGAUGCUUCCUUUUUUCAGAUGUCAGAAAACUGAAUUAUUUUGCACUUCUCUUACAGGCAGGCUAUAGGACAUAAGGAAGGAAAGAGAAAGUGCCUCUGCAUUUUCUAUAUUUGGGUUGUCAGAUUUUUAUUUUUUUCUUUAUUGUAUGAAGUUAUUUCCUUUUUCUUCUAGCAAACAAUUGGGCCAUGUACAUAGAGCCUGUCAGCAGACUUUUGCUUUGCUACCUGAACAUCUAUUUAGAGAACACACUAAGGAAACUGCAAUCAAUAGAGGACUGCAACAUAGCUCUGCCAGUGUUUGCAUUCUGGAAACUCUUAUGAGCUUGACUUUGUAUUUUUAACUAUCUACAGAUGCUCAGGAUGAGACAUUAUGAAAAUUUGGUGAGUUGGCAAGGGAUUUGUGUGCUUUUAUUACAGAAAAGGAAAAGGACCAGUGGGGCAUCUUAGUUCCAUCAGUAGACUCACAGUAGGAUGAACUGCUGAUUUUAAUUUUCCAUGGUAAUAAAACCCAAUCAGCCACUUGCUGUAGGCCAGUGCUUUACACUUUGAGUAGCAGGGCUUAUGUUACUUUCCAUUAAAGGUGUGGGGAAACUCACAUCAGGCUCAAGAUCUGCAUCACAUCAGUGCUGAGUUUCAGCUGGCUUGCAUUCAUUCACUCUGCCUGUUCUCAGAGUGUUUGUGUUUGGAGGAGCACAGGCAGGAGCUGGAUGUGUGCAGCUCUGCUCCUUUAUGUCCUGUUCAAAUCCAUCUGCAGGAAGCUCCUGGCCCAUGAAUGCAUGUGAGUAAGGAAGGUGCUUGCUGCAGGAAUGGCUUUAGGAAGGAUGCAGUUAUUGGGUUCUGAUGAACAGGGAUGACUCUGCUUAAAUGGAAUUAUUGGAGUGUCCCUUCGGCCCAGUGUGACUGCCCAUUCCAAAGCUGUGAGCUGCAGGAUUCAGCAGGAUGUGCUCUGUAGGCUGAGAGCUGAGUUGGCACAGCCUGUGACUUCACCUGCCCCCUUGGUGCUGAGGGGGAGCUGCCUCCAGUGAAAAGCAGAGCUCAGUAACUGGGGCUGGUUGCUUUUGCCCCUAGAGUAACUGCCUAGUCAAGGCAGAACUAUUCACACAAUUCUUAAAAUCAGAUUUUUUUUCAUUCCAGAAUCAAAAUGUCAGAUUAUUUAAAAGCUGAAUAUUGCUGAGGGAGGGCAGUGUGUAGCUAGGACAAUUUUUCUCCCAUAUUGUAAGCAGAGUGUGAAGACACAAUUAAAUAGAAAUCAAAGUGUCCCUUUUUCCUCCUUACACCAGAUAUGUGGCCAAUAAAUGGAUGAUUUGGCUCUUCA